CGCGCGAGGCCUGAGGGGUUGGUGGGCGGGUCCUGCCAAUAUAUAUAUAUAUUUUAAAAAAAUCCCCCCCCCUCUCUCCCUAUCUCUGCGCUUGCGCAGCUAGGGGGGGGGUUCUGUGGCCGGAGGGGACCGGGCUGCCCCUCCCCAAAUCCGGAGGAACCGCCGCGGUGCAUGAUGGGAUCGUGGACUCCGCCGUGGUCCGCUGGCGGCAGAGCAUGCUGGGAAAGAAAGGCCGGGCCCGCUUUAUAGCGCUUGGCUUGGCUGGCGGGGACGGUGGGGCAGGCCUGGCUGUUAUGGGAUGGGGCCCCGGGAGAAGAGGGGGAGCGGGCGGGCGGGUGGGGGACAGGCUCCCCGCCAUCUCUCUCUCUCUCUCUCUCGUGUCCCGCUUCUGCUCCCCUUGCAGGUUGGGGCUGCUGGCUUGUUUGAGGGGUGAUGUCCGAAGUACCCAAGCCGGUGGAAGUGGGCAGCUCUGAGGACAUUGGCUUUGAGGAGGAGGAUGGGACCUCGACUGGUAUUUCAGCCAUGCAGGAGGAGGAGGAGGAGGAAUCAGAAGCAACCUCGGUAUCUUCUGGAGACAGUAGCCCCGCGACCCCAUCUGCCAAUGGCUAUCCUGGUCCCCAAAGCAAAGACCCCAAACUGGCCACUGCUGUGGAACAGGUGGAUGAUGUUGGAGAGGGAGGGCAGGAUCGCCUCAGCUCUUCCCAGGUUCCCAGCCCCGAAUGGCACGAAUGCCCCGAGUGUGGGCGUGGCUUUGGCACAUCUCGGGCCCUGAAGGUGCACCGUAGCUACCACGUGGGGCGCAAAAGGCCACACAGUGGCUCCUCUUCAACCAAGCCACCCCCACCUCCACUGAUCUUGCCGGGAAAUCCUGACAGCCAGGAAGGGCGGACGGCCCUGACUGCCGGCCGGGGCAGAGCUUUUCACUACAUCUGUGCUGAGUGUGGCGUGGGCUUUACCUCUCCUGCCACGCUGGAGGGCCACCGCUGCGAACACAGCUGGCGCAGAAGCCCUCCAGCCCCUCCUCGUAAUAAGCUGGCUCCUCCUCCUGCUCCCAGAGAGGCUAACGGGGAUCAGGACACAGAUGGGGCUGACGGACCAUACCACUGUACGGAGUGCCCGGGGGAAUUUGGCUUGGUAUCCGAACUUCACGAGCACUACAUGCUCCAUGCUCGGGGAGAGCUGUAGAUUGGCCUUCAGCCCUCCCCCCCCCCCACAUCCCGCUUCCAUUUCCCUGUUGUCAUAAGUGGCCCCUGCUAAGGGAUCUUUCCUGCUAAGAAAACUCAAAAGUGAAACCUUCUUUUAUCUUUAGUUCCUUUUAAAAACAAAAACAAAACCAGACACAUUUCUAUAUUUCUGAAAUGAAUUUAGCUUUGGAACGAGGAGAGGCAGGACCUUGAGGGCAAUCACUGGCGGGGAGUGCAGUGACUUAAAAGCCCAUCUGCAGGAAGAAGUGAAGUUUCCCCUUGUCCCUGCCCUUUCAGUGAUCUGGAUCUGACAGGCCCUAAAAUAUUCUUUAAAAAAACCCUCCCCCCAAAACCGAGAUCCUUUUCAUGAACUUUUGUAACAGUAGCACUAGCAGGAUUGCGCCCUGCAGGUCCGUUUCAUUAACAGAACCGGGGUUGUCUUAUGCCAAGACACACCCCAAAGGGGGAGGGGGGGAGGCAGGAGAUCGUAAGAGAUGAAUCGUUUGUCCGUAUGCCUGGCGAGAUCCUGCUUCCCCAGACAAUCCCUUCUCAGCUGGGGUCCCGUUUUCAUUGUCGUUAUGUUGGCACCUGGGUGGCCCAUGCCAAAGUACAGAAGCUGUAUUCUGUUUGUGUGUGCGUGCGUGUUGUGUGUUUGGCUUUUAAAGAAAAACAGCUCCUGGGAGUGGCACCCGACCCGCCUAACUCAUGAAUUCUAACAAUAUCCCUUCACGGUAAUAGUUGGGAGAGAACGGUUUAAUAAAAACGGUUCUGUCUGA